AUGACCGCGUAUCAGUACGAACCGCUCUUGUCCCCGGACUCCAUCCGGCUGCUGGCCCUCCAACCCUCCGCUUCCCAUGAUGCCGAACUCAGGGGAUCCCUACUUUGCACCACGCUGGGGGAAGCUGACUACGACUUGAUCGACCCUUACACAGCCCUGUCUUACGUAUGGGGAAGUGACGAAAGGCCAUGUUUGAUUUUUCUCGCCGGCAAAGACUUUGCCAUCACGCAGUCCCUACAUGACGCGCUGCGUGACAUGCGUGACGCCACGCGGGUCCUCAGGAUCUGGGCCGAUGCUCUUUGCAUCAACCAGGGUGAUGUGCCGGAACGCAAUGCGCAAGUCAAGCUGAUGGGGAAGAUCUACGGGGUGGCUUCCAAUACUAUCAUCUACCUUGGACAUCUGACUGAAGACGCGGCUGAAGUCCUUGCUGCUACGACAUGGAGAGCCGCAGAGUUCGACUAUGAAAUGCAUGAUGAUAACACAGGAGCUACACAUGUCGCAGAAGUCAGCAACAAGCAUACCCUCGUCGAGGCCGCCUGUCGUGGUAUUCUAUCACGACCAUGGUUCCAGCGCGUGUGGGUGCUGCAGGAGCUAAUUCUUUCCAAAAGUCCCUGGAUACAGUGCGGUCAUCAACGGGUUCGAUGGGAGGACUUGUGCCGCUUUCUGCUCUGCAAGGCGACGAAUCCACCCAACAAACAUGGGGCAUUGCUGAGCGUCCUGGGAAAUAUGAAUGAAACUCGCAAUCUUCGAGCCGGAGGCGUCGGAAAACCUCUCUGGGAUGUUCUCAAGAUACGUCGAGGGUUCGGUGCUGCUGAUCCACGGGAUCGCGUCUAUGCAAAUUUUGGAAUCAUCAAUGACUUGCGACGGGUUCGCAGAUACCUCGAUGUUGACUACAGGGUGUCGUUGCAGGUCGUGCUUUCCAAACUCGCCGAAUACAUUAUCAGCACAAAAGGAGCCACAUAUUCAAUGACACAAGUUCAGGAUUUGCGUUUCGAGGACUACGUUGAGGGCUUGCCAUCUUGGGUUCCUCAAUGGCAGUACUCUUGUUCUGAGAUGCCAGACUUUGGUGGUCUCGAGUUGAAUUUCUCGGGAAGCUAUUCGGUUCUGAACACUGAUGGGAUGCCAUCCAUCUUAGCGCACACCGGAUGCGACGUUGAUAUGGUAGCAAGUUGUGUUAUGAUCAUUAUUGGAAAGGGUGUGCUCUUCCUAUGA